AUGGAAGACGGCGACAAGUAUCCCUUGGGUGACAAAGACAUUCCUAAAGAAGGCGAAUUUAGAUCUCAUGGAUGGGUUAAGACUAUCAAUUCAAUACCCGGCAUUAUCACUUUAGCGAUUGCGGCGUGUUUUAUAGUCGCCGUCAUUCUCUACUUAAUCAUACAAAUCAACCUUAAUUCUAAAGUGGAAGAUAAAAAUACAAAUCUUUUUAAAUAUAUCAUUGAUUAUUUUUCUCUUAACAAAGAAGAAGAAGAUAAAACAAGGCCAGCCAGGAUUAUCGUUUUUCUUGUCCUAGCUACCGGCUUGGUACUCAUUGUCUUUUACAAUAUCAAUAAAAUGAGGGAUCGCCCGCGGAUAUCUGUGACAUUGGUAGAUAACUAUAUGUCGCCAACUAUUCAAUUAUGUCCACGGCUCGAGAGUUCUAUUGAAUACGCGGUUUAUACUGAAAAAAUUAAUGAUGUUUUUAAAGAAGAAACGACUAUAGAUUCAUUACCUAAUUUAACUUCCUAUGAUCCAAUUUAUAAACCAGAUUACUUAACAACUUGCUACCUAUUUAAUUACACAUCAUUGCCGAGGCCGAAGAAAGAUGUCGGAAUGUUCUACGCUUUUAUCUUUAAUCAAACUACCUAUGUUGAUGUUUUCAUUGGUGAUGACAAAAAUACGGACUGGAGCCUUUCUAUUCCUGAAAGUAAAGGAUAUGGCGAUGUAGGAUCGCAAACAAUAUUAUCAUAUGGUUUAAUCUUUUAUACGGAGACUCGCUACAUUGAAUUGGACAAAAGUCACAUCCAUCGUGGCUUCCAAUGUUCUGCCCUCACUUACGAUUUAUCAGGAUUUAAUGAAACUAGAAUUGGAAUUCAUGUACCAAAACAAGUCAUAACACAGGUUGAAGAGCCGGCUCUCGAACUAGCUGACGCUUUCGGCAACAUCGGGGGUUACAUUAGCAUAUGUGGCCUUUUUGCUUUUCUCUUUGGGGAAUAUGGGAUUGUAACUUAUUUCUCAAAGAAAGGAAAAGAAUCAGAUGAUAAAGGCAUAGAUGGUAAAGAUGCAGUCUGA